ACUUGCUCUGGCCGGUUCCUGAUCAUUGGAGCUUAGAAGAGGCGGCCACGGUACCACUGGCAUACUCUAUGGCCUUCUAUAUUCUUUUUAUUAAGUCUAGCUUGAGAAUUAAUGCUCCUGUCUUAAUCCACGGAGGAGCCGGGGCUCUAGGACAAGCACUCAUAAGUAUAGCACUGGCACAUGGCUGUGAAGUAUUUACGACUGUCAGCAAUAAUGCCAAAAAACAAUUCUUACGUAAAUUAUUCCCGAAACUUAAAAGUGAAUAUAUAGGAAAUUCACGUGAUGUUACUUUUUGUGACAUGGUUCUUGAUGCAACAAAUGGAAAAGGAUGUAGGACUGUAGUAACCUGUACUAAAGGGUACCUCAAAAACAUAUGUUUCAAAUGCUGUGCAUACACCGGAUUUGUGAUUGAUACUACACAAAUUCAAAAUCGUGAAGAUUAUAAGUUUGGCUUGCACAGCUUGAACUUGGAAAGACAAUAUGUUACAGUAGAUUUUGCAACCUUAUUCAAACCAGAAUUCGUUGAAGAAGUGAAGUACCUACGGACAAUGAUGAUCAAAAGCAUACAAGAAGGCAUUGUCAGACCGUUAUCUCGCAUUAUAUUCGGUGCCCACGAUGUAUCACGAGCUUUUCAUAUGCAGGCGACUGGACUUAAUAGAGGCCGAGUUCUAUUGUACUUGCAGCAUCUCACUUUGAAUAUAUUACCCAGAUUAUCUUUCUCACCAUCUUCUUGGCAGUUACUGUUUUCAAAUAACGAAAUGUUUGCUUUAAAAACAGCAGAAAGGCUUAUAAAACAAGGUGCUAAAAAGAUUGUUCUACUUUUAAAAGAUCCAUCAAAAUGUGUGCACAUCCAAUUAAGAUCUUGGAGUAAAUAUGGUGUAGAAGUACAAAUCAUAAACGAAAACAUUUGGAAGGAGUCAAGCUGGUUGACUUGUAUCCAACAAUGCAAGGGCAGUCCAGUUGAAACCGUGUUCCUGAUCACUUCGGACGAGGAAGCCGAUAAUAUUAACAUAAUUGUUGAAAAAUUAUGUACAAUCAUACAUAGAUUAUGUCAUUCUUUAAAAUACUUUGCACUAGUGAAUGAUAAUGCUUUCAAAAACAAGCAAAUCACUAGAUUCAGCCCGCUACAAGAUAAGAUUAUCAACAUUACAAUACCAAUGAAUAAAACAAUUAACGGGAAGGAGUUUUCAAACAACACAUUGUCCAUCAACAAUGCUAUUGAUGCCUUGGAGAGCGCAGUGGUCCAAGCAGCUCAUUCUAGUGACAAAAAUAUUUUAGCACACAUUCCUGCGGAGCCGCAAAAUUAUUUCCUUCAUCAGCUGAUGAAAAUUGCAGGAAUAGAUAAAGAAAGCUCGGGCAAAAAGGAAAAUCUGGACAAAACUUUAAAAGACUUUGGGAUACACCAAACCAAUCUUUUAGCUACCCAGAGAUACUUAUGUGAUGCUUAUGACAUAUCUUGGAAAGUUGAAGAUAUUGAAAUGCUGACUAUAAGGACGAUCAUGGAGUUGGAAGAAGAAAUCUUCGGCCACGAUUUUAAAGAAACAAGUGGCUUAGGUUCCUAUUUUUCGACCGUGAUACACGACGACCUGUUGGCGACCGCAGAAAUGACAUUUUUGCCGACUUUGACAACUUGCUCAUCUAUGCGCGACGAUGAAUUUGAUGUAACUCAGACGUACCUAUGCAUAGUUCCCGGGGUAGAAGGGCUGCACUCGCGGUUUGAAAUCAUGUGUGAAAGUCUCAAGCUUCCAGCGCUAGUUCUGCAGCCAGGCUUAAGCUACCCUCACGAGUCUGUCACAGAGCUCGCUAGCCGAUACGCACAGACUUUACUGAAAAAAACUGUAUUGAAGAACAAAUUCUAUUUGCUCGGCUACGAAAGUGGAGUUCUAGUGGCUCUUGAAAUGGCAGCUAUAUUAGAAGAAAAUGGGCUGAGUGGAACCGUUUUUUGUAUUGGUGGAUCUCCUACAGAAAUCUUAGCGGAUUUCAAACAUCAAUUAAUUGAGUACAAAACCAAAGAAGAACUGCAGGUCGCUGUUCUGAAGCACUUAUUAUGUUCAAUGUUAACCAAUGACAACACUGAUGAAUUAGACAACAUAUUAACCAAAAACUUGACUUGGGAUGAAAAAAUAAAUGCUUGUUUGCACAGACUCGUUGGCAAGAUCCCUCAUCCGAUACAAUUCACAAAGGAACUGAUUAAAGCAGCAUAUUCAAGAUUGGCGGUAAUGCUACAAUACACUCCUGUACCAAAACAACUAAGGUCCCAGAUCAUUUCUUUGCGCCCAAGGUAUCUUACCAGAGUUGAUUCUUCUUUCCAAGAUUAUUCAAGCAAGAAAAUGAUCACAUAUCAACUUAAGGCACCAUUAUCGUGUGCUCUUCUGGAUUUGAUGUGUACAGCAAUUAUUAAUCGACACUUAGAUGAUGAUAUUUUGCGAGAUUUCCACAACAGGAACCUUUGUGAAACUUACCUUGUAAAUGCUACUACCUUUAUGUCAAAUGAUGGAGAAUAACUUUUCUUAACUUUU